CGUAACGCCUCUCCUUUCUUCACCCUUCAUGCAUUCAAUCCUCAUUCUCAUUCUCACCCAUUUAAACCCCUCUUCACACCAUUCCUCUUUCACUACUCUUCUCUCUCUCUCUCUCACCAUUAGCAACCAGUAAGAACACCAUGGUUGUUCUCUCCAACCAAUCUGCACUAAACGAGUUGUUUCUGGCAAAGACAUGCAACCCCUCCACCGUGUUCACGGCGGUUCCCGAGGUUGAUCUCUCACACCCCGACGCCAAGACAAUGAUGGUGAAGGCCUGCCAAGAGAUUGGUCUGUUCAAGGUGGUGAACCAUGGCAUUCCGCCGGAGGUGAUAACGCGUCUGGAGAAUGAAGCGCUGAAGUUCUUCAUGCAAAGCCAGUCCCAGAAAGACAAGGCCGGUCCCCCCGACCCUUUCGGCUAUGGCAGCAAGAGAAUCGGCACAAACGGUGACAUGGGUUGGGUGGAGUACCUCCUCCUGAGCACGAACCCCGACAUCGUGUCCCCCAAAAGCGUUGAGCUUUUCGAGCAGAACCCGGAGGCUUUGAGGUUGUGCGUGGAGGAAUACAUAGGGGCAGUGAAAAAGAUGUGCUGUUUUGUGUUGGAAGAGAUGGGAGAAGGGUUGGGGUUAGGGAAUGUGUUUAGCAGAAUGGUGAGAGAGGAGAGAAGUGAUUCAUGUUUUAGGGUGAAUAGGUAUCCAGCAUGUGUGGAGUUGGAAGAGAGUGGAAGAAAUUUGAUUGGGUUUGGAGAGCACACAGACCCACAGAUAUUAUCUGUCCUCAGAUCCAACAACACAUCAGGACUGCAAAUCUGUCUCCCAGAUGGGACUUGGGCUUCAAUCCCCCCUGACCCUUCCUCCUUUUUUGUUAAUGUUGGUGACCUCUUUCAGGUUAUGACUAAUGGAAGGUUUAAGAGUGUGAAGCACAGGGUAUUGGCAGAUUCAAGGAUGUCGAGGUUGUCAAUGAUCUAUUUUGGAGGGCCAAGUUUGGAGGAAAAGAUUGGUCCUUUACCUUCACUUGUGUCCAAAGAAGAACAGAAUAUUUACAGAGAAUUGACAUGGCGGGAAUACAAGAAUGCUGCAUACAAGUCAAGGCUCUCUGAUCACAGAAUCACUCUCUUUCACAAAUCUUCACACACUUAACUUAGAUACCAUUUUAUAGUGAAUGCAACUUUAGCAUCAC